UGAGAGGCAUCGGCAGCUGUGACCUGGUGUAACAUCACCGAGCGCUGGCCGGGGUUAGAAUACCACCAGGCGCAUGCGCCGUACGGCUAUAGAUGCGCCUCCACCCAUUCCUUAGCGUGGUCACCAAGAGUUGGGAAACCCACAACAUCUGACGUUAGGAUGUGCAGAACCACAGGUUACAGCGUGAAGGGGGCGUACUUCUUGGGAGUCGCCCUGCUGUUUCUGGGAAUCUUUAGCAUCCUGCUGGGUGUGAUCGGGCUGGGCGCGUGUCAUGGCUACUGUGUACCUCUGGUGGCGCACGUGGGCGCGCCUAUAUGGAGCGGAAUUGUGGUCUUGUUAGCUGGUAUAUUCGCCAUCAGAAGUGCUUACAACCCAGGCGAUGGUUGUCUGGUUACGGCGUUCCUCGUCUUCGUGUUGUUCGCCUUCCUGGCGACGGUGACUACAGUCCUGGUGGCGCUGGUAGAGCUCGGCCAGGAGCACGACAUCUACUACGAGGAAGCCUUCGAGACCCACACCAAGCUCAUCCCGAUCACAGGACCGGCCGUGGGCGGGGAGGCUGCGGCUGCUGAGGCGACCACCGGCGCCCCCACCACCACCGGCUUCCCCUUCACUCCCAUACAGCUGGACGAGGAGGUCGCUGUCACCGUACAGGACUUGUUUGCUGAUGGGGAGGCUGCACCAGCUGCCACCACUACUGAGCUGCCCUUCACUCCUAUUGACUUUGAAGAAGAGAUUGCCGUGACGGCGCCGCUGACGUUCGAUGACGGUGGCAGACGUCGGCGUGAGGAGGACGCAGACUCUGCACCCGACACCUCCACAGACAGCUACAGGAGGGUAGUGUACAAGGACUGGCCGUACUAUGACAACUACGUUGCGAUAAUCGUGCUGGUGCUUCUCAGCGCCAUUGUUGAGGUCAUCCUCACCGCCAUCCUCUCCUGCAUCUCAUGUGCCGCCGUCUGCUCCGGUUACCAUGGACACGAGGCACCGGCCAUUGUUGUUUAUGAUGGGGUUAGCGCCAGGAAAUUAGGAGGAGGUCAAAGGGCAGUACAGCAGCCAGACGGUACCAUUGGGAUCGAAGAUGUCAAGAAGGAAGAAGUAUAGAUACGGUUGAUGUCGGCUCGAAGUGAUCCAUAAUGACAGUGGAUAAGGUACCUUCGACAAGACCACUUACAAAUGAGUAUUCUCAGACAGUACUUCUACUGCCAUACUGUACUCCCACAACGUACCUCUUACCUCUAACUCCAGUUUUUGGCGACGCCACAGGGGCAAGUCUAACAGUAUAGUAUGCGUCCAGUUGUUAUCCUUGUGUAUUACAUUCGAAGGUGCCUGACUUGGUAACCUUCAAUACUAUAUGGUGCUACUCUUGUGUGUGAAUUUAAUUUCCUUUUAUUGUACGAAUUGGUUUGAUAUAUGAUAGCAACGUUGCCAAAUAUAUACAGAAACAACCACCUGAAAAGAAAGCACGUAGAAGCAAGUCAUGUAUUGGCGACAGUUUGUAAAUAUAAACGCUGCGCAAUUAGCAUUUUGUAGACCGCUUGAGACGUUUCUGACGUUUAUGUAUAACAUAUCCGUAUCUCUCUACAUGUCGAUACACAUAGUCAUAGAAUGAGGAGUGAAUGGAUACCUGUACUAGUAAUACACGUAUUUGUAGAGCUGAAUACUUUGACGGUCGGACGUUUUCGUUAACCUUAUUCAAAGGCAGAGAAUCGGACCUAUACAUGGCUAGCUGGAUACCAGAGUACGAUUCCGUUUGGUUGUAGUUCUUUGAAUAUGUUGCAUGUGGCAUUUUCCAGAUUUUUGAUAGCAAGAGGGACACAAUACGUUUCACGCGGUAGUCAAAUUCUAUGCAGACUAUGUUGUAAUAUGUAAGUGCACGUUAUAGUAUGAAUAUAUUGAAAACAGAUUCGCCUGCUUAUACUUAGGAUAGAUUUACUAUAUAUGCUCACAUUUGUGCUGUUUAUAUGUGAGAUUUAAGCAUAUGAGAUUUAAGAUGCACUUUUAAGGUGUUUUAAUGCAUGUUUUAAGACAAUGCAGUAGAUAAGGCCAUAUUGAUCAUCUUCUAGAAAUCCCGAAACUGAAGCGAGUGAU